AUGUCGAUCGACACUGAACAUCAGAACCCGACACAAACCGCCGCACCUGCCGCUACCUCAGACCCGAAGGAUAAAGGCAAGCAGAAGGAAGUCGAUCCUUCUGUUCAUGAGGACAUGCCCGACUCUGGUGAAUCUGAGGAUGAUACACGGGCCGAGUACCCUUUCGAACAAUUCCCUUCGCCACCAGGCGACAAACCUCGCAAUGCACGCGUCCCAAAUGCUACUGCUUCCCUCGAUCCGCCUCUCAUGGCAUUCACCUACCCUCCUCCACCACCUCUCGCCAACGACCCCACGUGGUAUGCUCAGAUGGUCGCUGACGUUCAUCGGAACCGCGCUCAUGUCGACGCUGAACUUGAGCUUGCACGAACUGAGGCUGCCGAAGCUCUGGCCGAUGUCACUCUCGCAGAGAUCGAACUCAAGGCUGAGAGGGAUAAAAUGCAAGAUUUCCUGAACCGCCUGGGAUCUGUCGCUGGGAAGAACUUUGUGCGCAAGAUGAUCAGGAAAGUCGAGCGUUCGCUGAAGACUCGCGAUGAAAACCUGGACGACCAAUGUGAGGAGGAACUACAAAGUUCAGAUUAUGAGGAUUCGAGCGGUAGCGACGAGGGCGAAGUGGAUCAUCAAGAUACGGAAGAGGAGGAUCUUGGGAGCGGUGCCGGCGAGAUUGGGGAGGGCCCGCAAGACGCAGAAGAUGAAGAAUAUGGCCGCAGCGACCACGAUGGUUCUCGUGAGAGGUCUGAGUCUCCAUCCGCGAGCUGCAGCCCAAACAGCCCAGACUGCCCUCAACAGUGCCUCCAUGAGGCUUUCAGCGAUGGCGUAGCAAAUUCUUGGUACAUAAGAGUCCUAGUUCCUCUCCCCAAGGGAUUUCGCACCAGCCAAGUAGCCCCAACUGGCAGUCGGGGGGACGUCACAGACGAUGAGUAUUCCAGUGGCGAGGACAACACAUUUCGGAAAUGGACUGACUUGUCACCUGCGCAUAAGAGCCGCAAACGACAUCUUGAAAUUGAAGAAGAGGAGACCAACAGCCCUCAGGACUCACCUCGGAAAAAAAUCAAGGAAACCCCUCCGUCACCGCUUAAAGACGUUGAACGUUUUUCACUUCCCACACGAUGCUUCUAUCCUCCAGAGAACAGCAAGGACAACACAAUCGAUCAAGACCAUGAUUCAGAAGAUGAGUAUGAGGUAGAGAAUUCUCUUACUCUAGAACAUGAACCCGUGGUACAAAGGCCUUAUUUACCUCGACUGAAUCGAUUGGAGAGGGACCCGUACAGAGUGCGCCAAAAUUCGCAGGGGGAGCCCGAGCUGUAUGUUCCCGGCAGACGCGCUAUCGAACCGUGA